UUUUGCUGAUAGCUGGUGAAAGCCGACACUGGGAUGUCCAGCCAGAGAGACUGACCAAUAACACAGAGGAAUCGAGUCUUAGGGACCGUCGGGCGUGCUCCAAUAUCGAUGAGGUGUUCCAUAUUACCAUAACUCUCAGUCAUCAGAUAAAUAGUUGUGUGAGCCCAAACGUUAAACCUACCUGAUGCUGGAAGACAAACGAGCACCAAACACAGAACGAACGGAGCGACGAGACUUGUCUUCGGUUCCAUCCUGAAGCCUGGUUGUGGAUUGGACUUAACUUGUGCGCUACUUUUAUUACCACUCUGGGAUCGACUACGCCCCUUAUUUUUGUCUAGGCUAAUUUAUUUAUUUUGGCAUGUAGUGUGGCAUUGUUCUGUUCGGUGGACGCUGAUUUUCAAGCACAAACUUUUGAAGAAAAGUUUAGGUAGUAUACUUCAUCGAAAAAGCAUGACGUCAUGGAAACUGUGACCAAUCACAGAAGAGGAGGGGAACUGCAGAGCUCCGGGUUCCUUCUCCGCGGGCCGGGACGAGCAGGCGGACACGGGUUGGACGUGUAUAGACCAUGCCGUGACUCACGGCCCUGGAACCUGCCCUACCCGCUAGUAACGGCUCUUUGUUGAGGGUUGCUCCGAGGGACAUUCUGACCGUUACCUAUCACUUACGACCGGGCAGUGUGCGCAAAAAUCUGUUCUGUGCAAAUAUCUUUUACCAAUUUACCAGGAACUCAGAUUUCGAGUCCCGAGAGCGUUGUUGGGACAUCCAUUUGAGCAAACUCCAAGACUUUAACAAUGAAGAUUACUAAGAUCAUCUCCGUAAUCUUCUGGCUCGUGGUCUCCUUACAUCAGUCAGGUGCCGAGGAUGCUCAAUCCUCCUCCCCACCCACCUCAUUACCAGGUCAUCUCAAGCCCUUGGCUUCCGAGGCUAUCCGUCUGCCCGUCUCAGUCAUCCAGGACUUCCCUUCCCCUUACGAGUUCUUCCGCAGCUAUGUCUACCCUUCCGUCCCCGUCAUCAUCAAGCAAGGAGCGAGGCGUUCGCCAGCCUUCCAGAAGUGGACCGACGAGUACCUGAAGAGCUUGCCCGAGUCCCAGCAGCUGAUCAGAGUGGAGAUGCGGAAGGUUGAGGAAAGACAGUUACCGAGGAUGAACAUGCCCUUCGCUGAAUUCCUGGACAGAUACCAAACCACCGAUGAGUACCUUGUCGCAAGAGUCCCAGAUUUCUUAAAGAAAGAUGUGCUGAUCCCGCCAUCUUUGCAUUGUACUAACGUCACUGCUAAUUUGCUGGAAACGAUGCUGUGGUUUAGUAGCGGAGGUACCAAGUCCCACGUACACACCGACUACGUUGACAUUAUCAACUGUCUGUUCAGGGGCCAGAAAGACUUCCUCCUGGUCAACUACACCCGCUACAGACAACAGAUUGUGUUCGAUCAUCCAGAAGGCUUCUACUCGAGUGUAGACGUGGAACGAGUCGACUUGAACAAGUUCCCUGAACUGAGGAACCUGGAGUUCCAUGAAGCGAAAAUGCAAGCUGGCGACUGCAUCUACCUACCGUUCAAAUGGAUUCAUCAGGUGAAUUCCUUCGGUAGCAACGUUGCAGUCAACAUUUGGUGGAAUCACCAGGCCUACGUCGUGCCUUCCCCGCAGUCCUGCGGCAUGCCGGACCCGGGGCUCUCGCUGGCCGAUGUCAGCUUCCCGUACCACGACCAGACGAACGGUGACAUACAGACGGAUCUUCACCCAGAACUGGAUUUCUUCAGGGACCCGUCGGCAACUUUGACGACAUUCAUGGAUGAAGAGGAGACAGAUUCCUUGACAGAGGGGCAGUUUCUCGAAUUUAUGGACACGAUAUUUCCAGGACUGGACCAAGACGACAUUUGGACCGCAGAAGCUUUGAAAGUUGCUCACCAGAUAUUCCAGAUACUUGAUGUUGAUGAUGAUGGCAAGAUAACGUCACGUGACACAUCCAAGUUUCCAGUAGAAAUCAACAAGUUUGACCCCCUUUCCAUCAAUCUUGGGCAGAAGAUGAUGAUCUUAGGCGACAUAAUUGACGGCCAGAUUUCGAAACAAAAACAGGAGAUUUUGAGAAAGUUUGAGAAAGAUAUCCCAGAAGAUGGCAACACACCGUCACGUGACCACAGCAGCAAGUUCAGAGGAACCCGUGAUCAGACUUCCAUGCCUAAACAGGAAUUGUAGUAUAUCAAAGAAGCUUUCCCCGCGCCAGUUUGGAGAUUAAUCUCGAA